CAACAGACGAAACUUCGAGGAAACUUCAUUCUUUGUCUCUGUCUCUGCUUUAUUCAAAUCCUAUAACUUUAACAUUCGUAGCUAGUAAGCUACAUUCUAACAACUCUUCACCAUCUCUCCAUCUGUCAAAAUCUGAACAAAAAUCACUUCAGGUUCGAUCAAGAAAACCACGAACGAUGACUAAAGACAGGAAGAUCGGAAUCGCCAUGGAUUUCUCAGAGAGUAGCAAGAACGCACUCAAGUGGGCCAUCGACAACUUAGCUGACAAAGGAGACACACUUUACAUCAUCCACACGUUACCAACCUCUGACGCUGAGUCUCGUAACGCCCUUUGGAUCGAAUCCGGUUCUCCUCUCAUACCGUUGGUUGAGUUUAGGGAACCGAAGAUCAUGGAGCACUACGGUGUCAAGAUCGACAUCGCAUGUCUUGACAUGCUCGACACUGGUUCAAGGAAGAAAGAGGUGAAUGUAGUGACAAAACUAUACUGGGGUGAUGCAAGAGAGAAGCUGAUUGAUGCUGUUAAAGAACUCAAACUGGAUUCUAUUGUCAUGGGAAGCAGAGGACUCAGUGCCCUUCAAAGGAUAAUAAUGGGAAGCGUGAGCAGCUUUGUUAUCGACCACGCGCCUUGCCCUGUCACCAUUGUCAAGGAUAACUAAAAAGAGAUGUCUAUCUCAUUAUGUUCUACCAAAAAUAAUGUCGCAAUUUAUGAUUUUAAUAAUAAACCCUUUUUUAUUGGUUGUGUUUCUUCUAUUUGGAAUCAUAUCAAUGUAUGAAACUCCACAGUAGUUGUCGAACAAAAAAAACGGAGAGAUUUUUGUUAAACUUUUUUGUUUGUUUUUCUAAUUAUUUCAUGUAUUUUCAAUGUGAUUUUCUGGAACUUCUCCAUGCGAUCUUCACAUGAUCUUACGGUGGAUCGGCUAAACAAUUUCUAUAAGAUCCAAAAUAGUUUAAAUGAGCUCGUGCUAGAGAUUUCACAUGGAAAGUUGUAUGUCGUGUAGAGAGAUGUGUGUAAUGUGUUGUAUUGACAAUAUAAAUUAAAGGAGUACAAUAUAUAUACACAGAAGAG